AUGCCCAAAAUCAAUACAAACGAGGAUGCUCACCCUAAUAAGGAGAUGCAAGAGAUCAUGAACCUGAUUCUUAAGAUGAGAAAGAAUCUAUUAAACGUGAAGAGGACUUGGGGAUCGGAAAGUCCCCAAUAUAGCGACGCGGUCCAAGCAAUGCAGGAGUUUAUGCAAGAAAAGGAUGGUCUAUAUGAGCGAAUCGACAGGAUGCUGGAGAAGAAACGCCGAUUGAAGAAGGAUGCGUCAGAGGAAUCGCACGAGGAUGUCGACAAGCGACAGACACUGACUGAGAGGUCCCUGGAGCAACUUCUCGCAGAUCUGAAGCUAAAAUAA